AUGGCCAGAACGUCGCCACCCAAAUUUCUCCUCCAAGUGACCACAUCCCAAAUGCUUAGAUCCUCGACUGCUACUGCCGCAUCGGGACAGUUGGGAUCUGCACUGCUGCUGCGGGAAGGGAAGAAGGGAUCACCCUCGCGAAUCUGCAAGUUUUAUGGGUCCCAAUCUGAUUCAUCAUUUCUCGCCGCAAAGUUUUCUGUCACCCGACGCAUUCGCUCUCUUAGUCCUAAACUAAACCCACGCAAAAUCCCAGUCCCCAGGAGGCAGGCCUACAAACCCAAGCAAGCAGCACAAAUGCCCCAAUGCCUCGCCAGUCUUCGCUUCCUCUUCUUCUCCCCUCUCAAACCUUCUUCUGCUGCGCUCCUCUUCUCUUUUCCUUCUAACCUUCGCCACCGCUCUUUCCUCCCCAUCCUAUCUUCUUCCUCACCAUCUCGACGGCAGCGUUCCUCUUCUGCCCCAUCCAACCGCCGCCAGCAGCAGCCCUCUGGUUUCAGAAGCAGAGGGAAGAGCACGUUUAGUGAAGAGGGCAGAGGAAAUCAGGAGGAAGGAGGAGGAGCUUCAAUGGGGGAGAACGGCCGCGGUGGUGGUAAUUUCACAGGGUUUAAUAAGAAAAGGGCUGAGGGUAGAGAUGAAAGUGAUCGGCCUAGGAAGAAUCUCCAGUUGAAAGUCCGGAAGCUCAAUCCUACCAACACUAUCUCUUAUGUACAGAUUCUUGGAACGGGAAUGGACACUCAGGAUACUUCGCCUUCGGUGUUGCUCUUCUUUGACAAGCAAAGAUUCAUAUUUAAUGCUGGGGAGGGGUUGCAACGGUUCUGUACUGAGCAUAAGAUUAAGCUAUCCAAGAUCGAUCAUAUAUUUCUCUCCCGUGUCUGCUCAGAAACAGCUGGUGGAAUCCCAGGACUGUUGUUAACUUUGGCUGGCAUUGGAGAUGAGGGAAUGUCAGUCAAUGUGUGGGGUCCUUCAAAUCUAAAGUACUUGGUAGACGCAAUGAAGUCUUUCAUCCCACAUGCAGCAGUGGUCCACACGAGAAGUUUCGGUUCCGAUGCGCCUUCUCAUUUGGAUGCAAGCACAUCUAUGGAUCCUAUUGUGCUCGUAGAGGAUGAAGUCGUCAAAAUAUCAGCACUUUUACUCCGACCAAGAUGUUCGUCAGGAGUACCUGAAGUAAAGCCGGAUGAUAUGUCGGUUAUAUAUCUAUGUGAACUGCCUGAGAUUAUGGGCAAGUUCGACCCUGGAAAGGCAAAGGCUCUUGGUUUGAGACCCGGGCCAAAAUACAGCGAACUACAAUCCGGGAAAUCGGUUAUGUCAGAUCGUGACAACAUCAUGGUCCAUCCAAGUGAUGUCAUGGGUCCAUGUGUGCCUGGUCCCAUUGUGUUCCUUAUCGAUUGCCCGACAGAGGCUCAUGUAUAUGAUCUGUUAUCAACAUCAUCUCUUGAUAGUUAUUGCUCUGGUAAUUCGCCUGAGGAGGAUAAGAUGGUGAACUGUAUCGUGCACUUGAGCCCUUCCUCGGUGAUAAGCAGUCCCAAUUAUCAUAAGUGGAUGGAGAAAUUCAGCUCAGCACAACAUAUUAUUGCUGGCCACCAAACGCGAAAUGUGGAAAUUCCUAUUCUGAAAUCCAGUGCCAGAAUUGCAGCACGGCUUAAUUACUUGUGCCCUCAGUUCUUUCCUGCCCCGGGAUUCUGGUCACUCCAGCCACUAAACAACAUAACAUUACACUCUUCAGGCGAGGAUCAUCCAUUUAUGGCAGACAAAAGCAUAUCUGCUGAAAAUCUCCUCAAGUUCACUCUGCGUCCACAUGUCCAACUUGGAUUGGACAAGGCUAACAUCCCAACCCAUCAAACCUCAUCAGAAACCAUAAGCGAGUUAAUCACAGAGAUUCCAGAAAUUGUGGAUGCAGCCAAACACAUCAGCGAAUUCUUUGACAAACCUCGAGGAGCUUACUCGAACCUAUUACGAGACAAUAACACUCACAAUUUGACAGAAGAGCCCUGGUUGGAAGAGGAAGAAGAGAAAAGAACAACACCGAGUUGCUUACAAAAUGUAAGGAGAGACGACUUGGAGAUCGUCCUUCUAGGGACGGGUUCAUCCCAGCCAUCAAAGUACCGUAAUGUCAGCUCCAUCUACAUAAACCUCUUCUCCAAAGGAAGUCUGCUGUUAGAUUGUGGUGAAGGAACGCUCGGGCAGUUGAAGAGAAGGUAUGGCGUGGAGGGUGCUGAUAACGCUGUGAGAAAACUGAGCUGUGUAUGGAUUUCUCAUAUCCAUGCCGAUCACCAUACUGGGUUAGCCAGAAUACUUGCUCUACGACGAGAGCUUUUAAAGGGGACUGCUCAUGAGCCGUUGAUAGUUGUUGGACCAAGGCAGCUCAAGAGGUUUCUCGAUGCUUAUAAAAAACUUGAAGACCUGGACAUGGAGUUUGUCGAUUGUAGAAGUACAACAACAGGCUCUUGGGAUGAUUUUGAGAGCAACGGUGAAUCAAAGGAGAUCACUGAUUCGACUGAGUCGACUCUGUUUGCUAAAUCCAACAACCGUAUGCAGAGUGUUUGGACAAGAUCAGGGAGUCCAGUCGAUAAAGCCACAUAUUACCCACUUCUGAAGAAGCUGCAGACAGUCCUGAAUGAAGCAGGGUUGGAGUCUUUGAUCAGUUUCCCUGUUGUGCAUUGCCCUCAGGCGUUCGGCGUCGCUUUGGAAGCUGCAGACAGAUUCAACAGCGUUGGCAAACCGAUACCAGGAUGGAAGAUUGUCUACUCGGGGGACACCAGGCCAUGUCCCGAGCUCGUGGAAGCAUCUCGUGGUGCCACAGUUCUCAUACACGAGGCAACGUUUGAAGAUGGGUUGAUGGAGGAAGCCGUAGCGAGGAACCACAGCACGACGAAGGAAGCCAUCGAAGUGGGGGACUCCGCUGGAGCGUAUCGGAUAAUCCUGACGCACUUCAGCCAGAGGUACCCUAAGAUCCCGGUGUUUGAUGAUGCUCAUAUGCACAAGACGUGCAUUGCUUUCGACAUGAUGAGCGUUAACUUGGCUGAUCUCCCUGUCCUUCCCAAUGUCCUUCCUUACCUUAAGUUGUUGUUCAAAGAUGAGAUGGCUGUUGACGAAUUGGACGGUGAGGUCCCAGACCAAGCUGCUGUAACGAGCUCUGUCGCUUGACAAUGUUAAUCAAGAUUGUUCCCUCUUUCAUUGGUUAGAACUUAGAAGUAAAAAAAGUACCAGAAUAUAUGAUAUUAUACUUGAAUUAAAAGUGACCACUUGUCAAAUAAGCUAACGUGCGCCGGUGGCGCCGUUAGCUGACAGAACCACCUCUCUGUAACUAUUUCGGUACCAAAAUCUGUCCUUUCCAUCCUCUCUCUUCUCUUCCUUCUUCCUCUUCCAAUCCCAAAGCUUCCCUCGUUCUCUCUCUCUCCGUUCCUCUUUGCGCUCUACAUAGCUUCGAUCCCCUUCACAGCUCGCAACUACCCCGGCGGAAUUUCGAUCUCUGACUCCCGCGGGGCGUUUUUGUUGAAUCGGGAGGUAAGGUAGCCGGGGAAAUUUUCGUCAUGGAUUCGAGCAGGAGAGCGGUGGAGUCGUACUGGAGAUCAAGGAUGAUCGACGGGGCUACAUCCGACGAAGACAAGGUGACGCCCGUCUACAAACUGGAAGAGGUUUGUGAUCUCUUGCGCUCUUCUCAUGUUAGUAUCGUGAAGGAGGUCUCCGACUUUAUCUUGAAGAGGCUCGAGCAUAAGAGCCCCGUUGUUAAACAGAAGGCUCUCAGGUUGAUAAAGUAUUCUGUGGGGAAAUCUGGUGCGGAUUUCAGGAGGGAAAUGCAGAGACAUUCAGUGGCUGUACGGCAGUUGCUUCACUACAAGGGCCAGCCGGAUCCGUUAAAGGGGGAUGCCCUAAAUAAGGGUGUGAGGGAUACAGCUCAGGAUGCUAUUUCUGCUAUUUUCUCUGAGGAGAACAGCAAACCAGCACCAGCACAGAUCAGUAAGCGAAUGGAAGGAUUCGGGAAUACAAAUUUCGAAAUUCGAUCAUCAUCUUCAUCAGAUGAUAGGAAGUCGUUUCUUAGUGAAGUAGUUGACAUAGGGAGUGCAACUAUCAAGCAGGGACUUAGUAACUUGGCUCAAGGAAAUCAUCAAAGAAACAAUGAUCCUGGGAGCUACAAAAGCCCGAAUCUUCAUCGGUCAUUGACAGUGGAUCCUGAUAAUAGUUCAAGUAGAUAUGAACCAGUCCAGUUGCGCUAUGAAAAUCAUGGCAGUUUUGGGGCUUCAAGGAGCGCUGGUGCUGGAUCAUGGGGCCAGGAUUCAAGAUCAGCCAAUGCUAUGAUAGAAAAUGGGAACUCGAGCUCCGGUUAUAUGGAGAACAAGUCUCGGGAAGAAAGGUUGCUAGAAACCAUUGUAGCGUCUGGUGGUGUACGUUUACAACCCACCAGAGAUGCCAUUCAUGUUUUUCUGGUUGAAGCAGCUAAACUGGAUGCAUUGGCUUUGAGUCGAGCCCUUGAAUCCAAGCUCCAAUCUCCGUCUUGGCAGGUUCGAAUGAAAGCAGUGUGUGUGCUUGAGUCGAUUUUGAGGAAACGGGAUGAUGAGAAGUUUUCAAUUAUAGCUUCGUACUUCGAUGAAAACACAGAUGUGGUGGAGAAAUGUUCUCAGUCUCCCCAAAGUUCUCUUAGUGAAAAAGCUAGAAAGGUAUUGAGCCUUUUGGGGGAUGGAAAAGUUGGUCGGAUGCCAACUAUUUCAGAAACUUCAGUACCAGCUGUGUCUCCUGUCCAGUUUCCUGACUUAAUCGACACAGGAGAGUCAGAUGAUUUCUUCAAUGCAGAUGAUCCUUCUGAAAGGCCAAAUGAUCAAGUGAAACCAAAUGUGUCAGCCACUAGUAUGACUCCGUUCACUCACGAUUUACUUGGAGAUAGUUUUGGUCCCACCAGUGAGAACUCUACAGAGCAAAAGAAUGGGGAUGAUGACCCAUUUGCUGAUGUCUCGUUUCACACAGAAGAGUCAAAACAACAACCUGAUGGUGAUCUCUUCUCUGGAAUGGACUUUGACAGUAAACCGACUUGCAUCCCGACUUCUGAUGCAAGUCAGAUACCCACCACAAAUGGAGCUGAGAUAUUUGAUAUAUUUGGGUCGUCCAAUGGUGCAGUUUCAAAAAAUCAAGAACAUGACAAGGCAGAUGUCAAUGAUUUACUGGCUGGAAUGUCUAUUAGUGAAGGUGUCAAGCAGCAAGGUAGCAUCUCUCCAUCUAUUCCAUCUGAAGGUACAAACCCGGGGAACAUGCUUGGCGGGCCCCAGUUGACCACGAUGAAUGCAAGUACUGUGUUUGCUUCUGCAGCUAUGCCAUAUGCUAUGCCACCUGGGAUGAUGCUGAAUCCUGCUUUCUCUGCUCAUUCAUUACCUAUAAAUUAUGGUGCUAUGGGAGGUUUUCUUGCUCAACAGCAACUUCUUGUGACAAUGUCGAACUUCCAACAGCUAAGCAAUAAUUUGAGUGCUGCACAAAAUGCUACUAGUGGUGCUAGUCAAGCUGAUGGGGGAGCAGCACUUCCUGAUAUCUUUCAUCCAAGCUUCCCCAAUCAAAUUCCUACCUCGACGAUGAGCAGCUCGAAAAAAGAGGACACCAAAGCUUUUGAUUUCAUCUCGGACCAUCUUGCAGCAGCCCGUGAUCCAAGAAGAGUGUCUUAAAACACAUAUAAUCCUUUAUCAUCUGGCCUUCAGAACAAUGAGCCCUACCUCUAUUAUUCUUUUUUGAGGUGACGGUGGGUUUCUUCAGUUGAAUCACAAAAACUUUUCAAAAAAGAGGUUACAAAAUUCUUUGGCAAUAAAGGGAUGACGAUAGGAGCAUUGCUUUUUCCGUGGUCUUGAGAAAUAGAAGAACUGUUUGUGGAUUUCCAGCCAAGAGGACGAUGGUGUAUGUAGUAGAGCUUCAUCCUUUUUCUCUAUCUUUCUUUCUUUCCUUCUCUCUCACACAUUCAUCCGUGUCUGUGGAGUGGUUAAUGUAAAGCAGGCAUGGUUCUCUUGAGAAACACUGCUGUUUUUAUGGCAAUUUCUAGUUUCCCUUCCAUAUUGAUGAUGGAGUUCAUAUCAUGCAAAACUUUAAAGUUAUCACCUGCUUUUGGGUUUAGAUUAGAGUUUUUUUUUUCUUUUUUCUUUUUUUUGUUUAUUUUAUUUUAUUUUAUUUUAUUUUGGAGCUGUUUGAUUGAUUCUGCUUCUGCUGUCUUUCCCCAUCUAGCAAGUGAUACAUGACCAAAUCCAAAUUAUUUCCGAGCCCCAAUUUUACUAAACAAUGUGGUAUCCAUCUAACAGGAGCUUGCAUGUCCAUAGCUCUAGGAUCCUUUUGUUUCUAUAUUCUCUACCCAUGAAAUUGAACGAUUGUACAGAAUUUUUUUUGAAAGUCUACUGUGUGUCUCAAACUCAUGGACUAGCCUUCUAUCUCAUCAAAUCCAGUGCCAGAAAGGUUGGCAAAGAGACAUGGGGUCACUCGUUCUUGAUGCUGCCCUUUGCUUGCGAUGACUCCAUCUCAGAUUUUUCUGCGAACCCAAGUUCAGACAUGUCCUGCUUGGCCAUUAAAUUCUUUUCCAUUCGACAUUCCAGGUACUUCUUCGAGAACUGUCUACAUUUUUCUGAUAGGUGACCACCAUAUUUCAGACAGUUGAGGUAGUCUUUCUUUUCCUGGUCACAUUCGUGCAAAUGGUCCAAAGGGAAGACUCCCUUCUCUGGCGGGACUGGUCUCGCUCCUCUAUUCCCACCAAACGCCCCACCUGUAACCAACUGCUAUCUCCAAGGGAAUUGCUAAGAGAUUGACAGCGAGCAACGGAGCCGUGGAUGCGACAGGGAACGCUAAUAAACGCCUGCGACAGAGUGAAGUGUGAAGGAAGCGGCCUGAAAUCAGAGACGUCCUCCAGCGAUUUCUCCGAAUUGACUCCUGGAAGCGAACGGCGAGCCAGCUUGAGCGCUUCCCCUGCCAGAAAAGUGGAAGCGACGGCGGUGGCUUUUUAUUAGAAACAGUUCAGAAUAGGGUUUAUUUC